AUGCCUAGGAACCAGCAAGUUGAAGUUGAACCUCUGUCCCCAGCCGCAGCCCCUUACUGGAACAACAUAGAUGAUGAUGGCCUCACCGUGGAAUAUAAGCGUCAUCGCCGCCACCAGAAGUACGUCAUGUGCUGUGGCUGCGUCACCGCCCUGAUUUUGAUUCCAGUGGUGGUUGUCUGUGUGCUAAUCUUCACCGUUUUUGGUGCUAGAUGUCCAAAACUAAGAGUGAACUCGCUCCAGAUUGAUGGGUUGGAUCGUGUCAACUGGACUGAUAUUAGGCCUAACACAAAUUUGUCCAUCAUAGCCGAUGUCUCAGUGAAAAAUCCAAAUAUAGCCUCCUUCAAAUACAACAAUGCAUCAACCAUUCUUUACUAUGAUGGGAACAUCAUCGGAGGAGCUAAGACACCAGGAGCAACUGCCAAGGCUGGUCGGACUCUCAGGUUGAAUGUGACUAUGGAUAUUCUGCUUGCCAAAUUCCUGAAUGUUUCCCGGCUGCAGGCUGAUUAUCUUGCAGGGAUACUGCCAAUGAGUAGCUACACCAGAAUCAGUGGCAGGGUGAAAAUUUUUAACCUUAUAAAAAGGGGUGUUGUUGUAAGGACAAAUUGCAGCAUGAUUGUUAAUGUUACUAGUUAUACCAUUAAACAUCAGGACUGCAAGAGAAAAGUUACUCUGUAG